CAUGAGUGUUUUGGCCUCAAUCACAAAGAUUAAGGAUUGAGAGAGAUAGAUACUCAGGAUCCGUGGCUAGCCACACUGCACAAGGUGUAUGAAUCAACAGAAAGAUGCUAUAAAAGACAACCCGAGUUUGUUAUAUACAUUUAACCUGAAGAUAGAAAAGAUUUCCUUGAGCAUCAUGAAUAUGAAUUCAACUUAUUGUUACAUUAGUACAAGAGGUCCUGAUUUCCCCAAUUCAAAUAACUCAUUGACAAAUGAGAAUGAGUUAAAGAUGUAAGAUUUUAUAUUUACCAUUCUCAUAAACAAGGGGUCUUCUUUUAGUUGGUAUCCGCUUAACCAUAUAAACCGAUCGAUAGCCAAAUCUAAACCAACAAAACUCGAGUUAGUCCAUAACCAAGUAGGUAGGGGGUUUAUAAUAAUAUUUCUGCUUUUAUUAUCUUUAGAUCUUUUGCCUUUUCUCACUUCUAUCCAAUCAAAUCAAAAUCGAAUAUUCACAAGAAAGAAUCCAGAAAUAAAAAAGUUGGGGUCACGUGAGCUCAUGCACGUAGAGUAGAACGGACAAAGCCGUGUGUAAAAAAGUGCGCACAUGGAAGCAAGCUGAUCAAUGACAUUACUUUUUCAACUAUGUGGGUAGUUUUGUUAUUUAAGAAAAUACAGAGCUCUCUGGAGCUAAUAAGAAUAUUACGCGGGGCUUAUUUUGCAAAUUUCCGUUAAGUUGUUCGAUGUGCUUCUGGGGGGGAAUGGUGGGCUGAUUGUAGACAAAACGACGUCUCGGAGAUUGAAACUACAGAUCGUGUCUCCGCUGCUUCUUCUUUCAAUCCGAUUUCAGACAACCUUUUUCCUCGGACAGAAGAUUUCGCUUUUUUUUUUCCAGCCCUAUAGUGUUAUUCUGCACCAGAGGUUAAUCGCCGCACUGCAAGUUGGAGCAGUCGUGAAUAUUUGUCUCGGCAUUAAGUAUUAGUACAUAAAUCAAUAUGGCUGAUACCAGUUCAAGGACUGAUGCCUCAACUGAUGGCGACACAGAUCCUAGAGAUCUGGGGUCCGAGAGAGGGCAAAUGAUGCUUGCCGGUGCUUCUGAUUCCAGUGAUCGAUCAAAAGAUAAGUUAGAUCAAAAGACCCUUCGCAGGCUUGCUCAAAAUCGAGAGGCAGCAAGGAAAAGUAGACUGAGGAAGAAGGCGUAUGUUCAGCAACUGGAGAACAGCCGAUUGAAGCUGACUCAACUUGAGCAAGAGCUGCAAAGAGCAAGGCAACAGGGAGUUUUCAUCUCAAGCUCUGGAGACCAAGCCCAUUCUACCGGUGGAAAUGGGGCUUUGGCAUUUGAUGCCGAACAUUCGCGUUGGCUUGAAGAAAAGAACAGGCUAAUGAACGAGCUGAGAUCUGCUCUGAAUGCUCACGCUGGUGAUACCGAGCUCCGGACAAUUGUGGAUGGAGUGAUGGCUCACUAUGAGGAGCUUUUCAGGAUUAAGAGCAAUGCAGCUAAGAACGAUGUCUUCCAUUUACUAUCUGGAAUGUGGAAAACGCCAGCUGAGAGAUGUUUCUUGUGGCUUGGCGGGUUCCGCUCAUCAGAACUUCUCAAGCUUCUUGCGAAUCAGCUGGAGCCAAUGACGGAACGACAGGUACUGGGCAUCAACAGCUUGCAGCAGACCUCCCAGCAGGCUGAAGAUGCGUUAUCUCAAGGGAUGGAGAGUUUACAGCAAUCAUUAGCUGAGACUUUGUCUAGUGGAACUCUUGGUUCAAGUUCGUCGGAUAAUGUUGCGAGCUACAUGGGUCAGAUGGCCAUGGCAAUGGGGCAAUUAGGCACACUCGAAGGCUUUAUACGCCAGGCUGAUAACUUGAGGCUGCAAACACUGCAACAGAUGAUUAGAGUGUUGACAACGCGUCAGUCAGCUCGUGCUCUUCUUGCAAUACACGAUUAUUCAUCUCGACUACGUGCUCUUAGUUCCUUGUGGCUUGCCAGGCCAAGAGAGUGAACACACAAGAAUUGUGCGUUGCUCAGCUCUAUACAUAAUUGUACGGUAGGGACACUCUUUCCAAGAGAGAGAGAGAGAUCACAAAGCAAGGCCUUCUCAGAUUCUUACCAAAAGCAAUAUUUUGGAAAGCAGAUUUUGAAAUAGUUUCCUGAGAUCCUCAGACUUAGAUUGUUGUGUGUUGUAAUCUUUAGCCAAUCAGGUUGUGUUAGUUUCUAAAGAGUGAAUGUUUAUAGUCUUUGAACAUUGAGAGCUUGUAGAACAUCAGUGUAAUAUCUUAGCACCAAAACAUGACAGAAGAUGGGAUACUUUCAGGAAUUUAGAUUGUAUUAUCAUCAUAAGUCAAA